AUGGAGAUUUCCAUGUUUUCAUUUGAGGAAAAAACACUAGCUUUAUUGCUCUCAAAACAUUCCCUCUCUUUGCUUCUUUUAUUCCUCAUUUUCACACUGUUUAUGUUCAAACGGCUAAUCAAUCACUCUUCAAACAACCUCCCACCUUCACCACCAAAACUUCCCAUAAUUGGAAACCUUCAUCAAAUUGGUUCCAUUCCUCAACGCUCCCUCAAAUCAUUAGCUGAAAAAUUUGGUCCCUUAAUGCUUCUUCAUUUCGGCAGCAAACCUGUACUCGUUGUCUCCUCGGCUAAAGCCGCUGAAUAUAUCCUCAAAACGCAUGACAAAAUUUUUGCCAAUAGGGCGAAAUCAUGCUUUACAGGAAGACUAGUAUACAAUUUCCGGGAUGUUUCAUUUUCGCCCUACGGUGAAUACUGGAGACAAAUAAGAAGCAUUUGUGUACUACAACUUCUUAGUCACAAGAGGAUUCAAUCAUUUAGAAGCGUACGCGAAGAAGAGGUCGGGUUGAUGGUCGAAAAAAUUAGAGAAUCUUGUCUGUCAGGCUCGCCAAUUCGCAUAGGUAACAUAUUGGGAACACUUGCCAACAAUAUAAUUUCGAGGGUUGCGGUUGGGAAAAGAUAUUCAGGAGAAAAAGUUGGGAGUACGGUUAAGGAUUUAUUCGAGGAGUUUUGUUCGAUAUUAGGGACAUUUAAUGUUGGUGAUUACAUCCCAUGGCUUGGAUGGAUUAAUCACAUCAAUGGAAUGGAAUCAAGAGUGAAAAGGGUUGCUCAAGAAUUCGACGAAUAUUUGGAAAAUAUUGUUGAAGAAGGAAUCAAGAGGCAAGAAAGGAAAAAAGGUUGUAAAGUUGGUGAAAAAGAAGAUAACAAAGAGCAGCCGACUUUCAUUGAUGUAUUGCUUGAACUCAAGCAGCAGGAUUCCGCAGGACAUGGGCUGGAUCGUGAUUCGAUUAAAGCUAUCAUUUUGGCAACCCCGGGUCUUCCGGUGGCUGCUGCCCCUCUACCACUGAAAUCCAGCCUUGUGCUUUUCGAUGGCAGCCACCACCCUCCAUCGCCUGCUUUUGAGAUCCAGAGAUCCACGCCGCAGUCCACCGAGGAGAUGACUCCUGCCACCACUGGUGCACACCGCCUGACACCACCAACAAACCAGAGGCGCUGCCGGUCCUCUCGCCGGAUCCAAGACAGCCUUUCUCCGAUAGAACUCACCGGAUCAAAUCCCGGUGCUCCACACGCUAAUGCCACCCGACUUCUUCCAAUUUAACCGCGGCUUCUUUGUUUUCCGAAGAUUCCUGGUACCCAUGACCAGAUCGAACCACCGGCUUCAUAUGUUUGGUUCAGGUUCGAAUUCGGAUUUCGAUUCUCCAAAUAUGCCCACUAAACGCGGCAGUUCAG